UUGGCUGAGGGUGCUGACUGCUCCCCAGUUCGGUACCUCGGUGUUUUGCAUCACUGUUGGGUGUUGUAUUGAAGAGCGAUGAAGAGAGAAGAUCUGCGUUUGUCGAGAAUGACGAACGUCAAAAACUGACCUGAGUGGCAGCCAUAACGGGCGAGCGGUGGUGCAUUGAGAUCAAGGAGCCGAGGCAGCCGGCCUGGUGCUGGCACAGAAACAAUGAUGGAGGUCGCAUGGUGGCAUCAUUCAACCUUUUCCUGUGGCAGUUUCAGAGCCUAAUUCAUGCAGGUGAAUGAUUACCAGAACCUGUCGCCGAGGCCGUUACGAUUCCAUGAAUUUACUUAUGUAUCUGUUGGGAAUGAGUGGAUUGGCUGCUGGAAGAGUGAUGUCUUCAAACGCAUAUUCCUGGAUUGCCUGGUGAAAUGACAAUUCGCAGCGCUUCACUUGGCCUCAUGGAAACUGGGGACUAAAAAUCUGCUUAUUGGAUGUCCAGACUUUGUGAUUCUCGUCAGGUCACUGCAACGUUUCACCAGGAUGGCUGCCUUUCUCCUGACUUGUAAGGCAUGCCCUAUAAUUCGUAGAUCUGUGAUUUUUCGAACCACUCUCUUGAUGCCACAUAACUCUGCAUCAAAAGUAGCUUUCAGGUUGAAGAAUUUACCUAGAUUUACCCUUGCUUGUCUAGGCCUUGGAGUUUCAUCAGUUGCAAACUCCCAGAAAACAGUAGCAAUAGAGGCAAAGGUGACACACUACCCGAACCGAGGGUCUUCCCAUUCAUUUUUGAAAGACUUUUUCUGGAGGCUUCGUUUCACUGUCCAUAUCGGUGUCCGAGCUGUGAUACUGCUGCUGAGAUUUGGGCCUUUAUUUCUGCUCUAUCCAAUUUGUUUUGUGUCAUCCAGUUUUGCUUCAGUCUGGUAUGAUGUGCUGUUGAGAUGCACAGAGGCUGCUGGCCCUACUUUCAUCAAACUUGGCCAAUGGUUUAGCACCAGAAGGGAUCUCUUCUCAGUAGAGUUCUGUGACAAAUUCUCCAAGCUUCAUCCCCAUGUCACACCACAUCCCUGGGACUACACCAAGUAUAGCUUGAAAAGGGCAUUUGGGGAGGAUUGGAGGAGCAUAUUUCACAUUCCAAAUAAGGAACCCAUUGGAUCAGGCUGUAUCACUCAGGUUUAUAGAGCUUACACUGAUCCAAAGAACAUUAAUAACUCUGAAUUUCAAAAGCUUGUAGAAAGCUUUGAGAAAGAGGAUCAGUUUGAAGCAUGGGAAGUCUUUGGGCUCCAAGGAAUAUUUCGUUACAUGUUUGCUAAAAAGCAGGAUGAUUUUCCAGAUCCCAAAAAUGAGCCUAAAACUGCUAAGGGGAUGAUUGGAAUUUCAGAGGUGGAAGAUGGAAGGGCAGUGCUUCAUCCAGACUCAACAUCUGAGCAGCAGCAUCUCAUUCCAGUGGCUAUCAAGGUGAUGCAUCCAGGGAUUGCACAUCAAAUCAGUAUGGAUCUGAAACUUAUGAAAGCCGCAAGCUCUGUUCUUAAUCUCUUGCCAGGCUUGAAGUGGCUGAAGUUGACGGAAGUGGUGGAAGAAUUUGAGGAGGUCAUGUUGAGACAAAUUGACCUGCGAUAUGAAGCAAAGAUUAUGGAGAGGUUCCGAGAGAAUUUUCUGGGUAUGGAAUCUAUCAAGUUUCCAAUACCUCUCAGGCCAUUUAUCACCAGAACGGUUCUGGUUGAAACCUUUGAGGAGAGUAAACCCAUCUCGAUGUAUUUGACAAAGGACGUACCUGACGCAUUAAAGCAGAGGUUGGCCAGAAUGGGAUUGGAGAUGUUGCUGAAGAUGGUGUUCGUGGAUAACUUUGUUCAUGGAGAACUUCAUCCUAAAAAUAUUCUCAUCCAGGGAGCAGAUCAGUUCAGCCUGCAAAAUGAUGACAAGACCACCAUUGUAGACUUGUGUGAUACCCUCAUUGUUGAUGUUCGCCCAUCCCAAUGUCCACUAAAGCUUAUUCUUCUGGAUACUGGUAUUGUGACUGAACUCCAGCCAUCUGACUUCCACAAUUUCAAAGCUGUCUUCACUGCUGUAAUCAAAGGACAGGGCAAGCAGAUUGCAGACUUGCUACUGACCCAAGCAAGAGCUAGUGAAUGCCAAGACCUGCAAAUGUUUAAAUCUGAAAUAGAAAAACUUGUGCAUGAAUCUGGGAUGAACAACGGAUCCCUGGGAAAGCUCCAUGUUGCAGGCUUUCUUUCUAAAAUUUUGGAAACACUCAUCAUGCACAAGGUUAAGGUGGAAAGUAACUUUGCCUCCAUGAUCUUUGCCAUUAUAGCCUUGGAUGGUCUUGGUCGUUCUCUGGAUCCUGAGCUAGACUUAAUGGAAGUAGUCAGACCCAUGCUACUGAAAGACACUGCAGGUUUGUAAGGCACCAUAGACCGCAGUGCUGCAUUUUCACCCAACUUACUUGGGAAAAGGGAGAACACAUUCCCAGAAAUCCACAACCCAUUAUCUAUUCAAUCACCUAGCACCAGGCAUCUAAUGUUUUUAAUUUCAAACUGCAGGCAAACAUUAAGAGCUGUAAAAGCCCAUUUGCAGAAUAAUGCAUGAUGUAUCCCAGUGUUUUAUUCCCUUGUAAUAAUAUGAAUAAAUGGAAAUCACAAAAGAUUG